GAUCAUGCAAUGUCCACAUUUCCACAAUAACACGCCUUAACAGUAGCAGCAGCAGCCGUCGGCCGUGUCGUAUUGUCACUUACUACUUACCACUUAGUAGUUAUUGUUUUUCUUUUAUCGCAUCGUAAUAUCGCGCUUCGCAGAUCUACCGAAUUAUUACAACAAUAUAUAACAAUAAUCAUUUUACGAUAGCAAUUAUUAAUUGCAUUUGUUGUUAAUAUUGUUAUCAUCGACAACCUAUAUUGCCGAAUAACAACAAUAUCAUAGAUAAUUGCUGUUUGGUGAUUACCGUUUUUUCGCGUCGUUUGGACGAAUCGUCCCGCGUACUCGGCGUUCUGCAGUCGUUCCGGAGUAGCCAUCGUCGAAGUCAAACGAACAGCCGAGGCCAGAGACACGAAAUACUGAUCAACGUUGCUUGUCACCAGCAACCGUCCGCGUAAAUUCGACAAUGGGGGGAUUUUACAGUUAUUUCAAGAGUCUAUUUGGUGAAAAAGAACUAAGAAUUUUAAUCUUGGGCUUAGAUGGCGCAGGAAAGACUACAAUACUAUAUAGGUUACAAGUUGGUGAAGUUGUAACUACUAUUCCAACAAUAGGAUUCAAUGUUGAACAAGUUACUUAUAAAAAUAUUAAAUUUCAAGUUUGGGAUCUUGGAGGUCAAACAUCCAUUAGGCCAUAUUGGAGGUGUUAUUAUUCAAAUACAGAUGCUGUAGUAUAUGUAAUUGAUUCAGUUGAUCGAGAAAGAAUGGGUAUAGCCAAAGAUGAAUUGAUGUAUAUGUUGAAAGAAGAAGAACUAAAUGGUGCUAUAUUAACAAUAUUAGCCAACAAACAAGAUGUUGAGGGUUGUAUGAAUGUUACUGAGAUACAUCAAGCUCUUGGAUUAGACUCUUUAAAAAAUCGAACAUUCCAAAUAUUUAAAACAUCGGCCAAAAAAGGUAUAGGACUUGACGAGGCUAUGGAUUGGCUUUGUAAUACUCUACAAAACCAUAAAUAAUAAAAUAUUUUGUUUAUUCUAUUUCUUUGUAAUUAGAAAAUUGUACAAAUUAAAAUGUUAUAACGUUUAA